AUGUAAUAAUAUUCACCGCGAGCAAUUGUUUGGAUGACAUAUCUAAACUAUUUGCCACAAGAUUAAGCUCAAUAAUUGCCAUUCCUUAAAAAAUAAUAGCAACUCUACAAUUCUUAUCUGGAUGAACUCAUUAAAAAGGAACAUUUAGAGAUUUUCACUAUUUUGAACAAUAUAGACUCUGAUCAGAAUUCUCUCAGUUUUAAUGAAUUUUUGAACAUAAAGACCCAAGUCGUCAAUUCAUGUAUGGAUUUUCAUGAAUAUAAUGAAAAUGAGCAACUAUAUGAAUUGAUCGAAAAAGAUGUUCCUCGAACUUUACCAAAACAAUCUAUCCUGAAGGAACAAACCAAUGCCAAGUUCUCUUAAUAUUUUUUCACUGACUAAUAUAAAAGGAGAAAACAACAAAAUGACACUAAUCCAACCCAUGCAGAUAUCCUCAUGCGAAUUUUAUAUAUUUAUGGCAAACUUAAUCCAGCUAUUAAAUAUAUGUAAGGAAUGAGUGAUCUGCUUGCUCCUUUGUAUUUGAUAAUCAAAAAUGAAACAGACACAUUCUUUUGUUUUACUAAAAUUAUGGCUCAAAUUAAAGAUGCAUAUAUUUCCACUCUAGAUUUUACAAACACUGGAAUCAGAGGGCUCUUACUCAAAUUUGAAAAAUAAUUCCAAUAAAAAGAGCCAAAGUUAUAUAGCUAUUUGCAUAGCCUUGGUAUUCAUCCUUAUAUGUAUGGAUACAGAUGGAUUAUAACUUGCAUGACACGUGAGUUCUAUCUUGAUUAAAUCUAUUAGAUUUGGGAUCUAAUGUUACAUGAUCGCAAUAUCCAUGAUUUCAUUAUCAAAUUUGCCAUUUCCAUUCUUAAAUAUUUGAAACCCUAGUUAAUUGAAGCUGAUUUUAAAUUGGCUUUUGAUAUUUUGAUAUACAGUGAAAAAGAUGUCAAUCAAAUUCUCAAUUUUAUGUGA